AUGUUCCAGUGUCGUGCAGCUCUGUCCAAGUGCAAGGGCUUUUCUGUGCGUUUCAACUCUUCGUCGUCGAGCGGCAUCCCUAAGCUCGGCACCACUCCAAACAAGUUCAACGCAAAGUCGUCUGCAUUCAACCUCCGCCCUGAGCUGCCUGAGGGUCUUUUCUUCCACCCAGCACCAGCAGCACCAAACCCAGAGAUCACCCCGAAGGCUUUCUUGCCCAAGUCGGACGCCAGAGCCGCCUCGGACCUGUACUACCCAGAGCAGGACUCGCUCGUGACCGCCAACGUCGCGUACAUGCCGGUCGUAUCCAAGGCCAGCCAGCCUAAGAACUACAAGUUUGAUGCGUCGAUAGUGGAGCAGCUGCAGACGCUGCGGGACCAGGGUGUGUCCAGAAAGCAGAUCAGGGAGGAGUUCGGCGUCACAGACAACUUCAUCAGCCUGGUCACCAAGCCCAACGCCCAGACCCAACAGCAGCAGAAGAAGCUGCUAAAGAGAUCUGCCAGAAAGUGGUCCGCCAAGACGCUCAAGGCGAGAAGGUUGAAGGAGGUGAAGAAGUCCCAUUGGGAAAGAGACCUGUGA